AUGAAUAAAGAUGAUGAGGCAGAUCAGCUGUUACGGACUGCGAGUCAGCAUUCUGACAGCAGUGGCUUCGCUGAGGACUCCUCCACAGAUUGUUCUCCAUUUAAUCAGCUUCAGGUUCAGGAGUCUUUGCAGGGCAUGGGAAGCAGUGCUGACAGCUGUGACAGUGAAACAACCGUAACCUCACAUAGCGAGGAACAGAAGACACCGAUAGCCAAGGAACUGCCCUGUUUCAGUAAGUUUCAAGAGGAGGAAGAUGAUGAUGAUGAGGAGGAGGAGGAUGAGGAUGAUGAUGAUGAAGAGGAUAUUAUCUCUCAAGUAGAGAGACGAAAGGUAGGGGCACCUUCUGAGAACAGAAGGACUGAAGAUAGGAAAAUUAUUGACUAUGAAACUGAACAAAAUCAAGGAGGAGAAAGCAAGUCAUCUCAUGUAUCAGAGACAGUGCAAGGAGAGGUCAGGUCUAAAGAGGUAGACAUUUCCAGUGAGCGAAAAGAAUUGGGAUUGCUGGAGGAAGACAGUGUAUUUGAGUUUCCUCAGUACCACACGCACCAUAUCCUCAAGUCGAUGGAGUCUCUGGAAGGUGGCAGCUCCUCCCCAUCGUCUAUGGACAGGGUUCACGUUGCCUUGCAAAGAGCUGAGAUGAGGAUCGUCAGCACAUCUGAUUGCAGGGCUGGACGCACUCUGCUUAAGUCAAAAGAUCUCCUGAGGAAGCAGAGACUCUGGUUUGCUGAAUCGGGCUAUCCUCUAAGGCGGUCUCAGUCUCUCCCAACUGCAUUGCUGAAUCCAGUGAAAGUGGUGUCCUCUGUAAAUGUCCAGUUAACUCCAGGAAAAGAGACUCUGUGCAGUCCUCCUUCUUUCACCUACAAGUACACACGUGUGGAGGAAGAUGAGAAAGCGAUGUCUGAGAAUGACAAAAGUGAGGGUGAGGCAGCCGCCAGCCAGCCAGUGUGCAAAUCCACACUGUUUAUUGCGCCUUCAUCCUCCAAAAAAGAAGCACCCCAGACUGGGCCCAGCAGGCUGCCCGAGGAGUCCAGUCCCACCAGGGUACAGAGCUGCCCGCUGCACACGCCAGCACACAUGUCCCAGUCGAUGUGCUCCCUCCACUCUCUCCCUGCGGAGUGGCAGGACAGACCGCUCUGCGAGCACAUGAGGACGCUGAGCACCCAUAGCGUCCCAAGCGUUUCCGGCUCUUCCUUUGGCGCCUUGCUUUCCCCCUUCAGCUGUCCCUUCUCUCCAAGGCAUGCUGGAUUUCCUCAUCGACCUCAUGCCAUCAACCCGCCCUCCACCGUGGAGAUGCAGCUUCGCAGAGUCCUGCAUGACAUCAGAAACUCUCUGCAGAACCUCUCACAGUACCCGGUGAUGAGGGGUCAGGAUCUUUCAGCGGCCAGCGGUUACACUACUCAGAGAUCAUCCAUUCUACCUCUCUAUGAAAAUACUUUCCAGGAGCUACAAGUGGUAAGGCGAAAUCUAAACUUAUUCAGAACCCAAAUGAUGGAUUUGGAAUUGACUAUGUUACGUCAACAGACAACAGUUUAUCAGCACAUGACAGAAGAGGAAAGAUACGAAGCUGAUCAGCUACAGAGUUUGAGAAAGUCUGUCCGCAUGGAGCUACAGGAGUUAGAGAUGCAGUUAGAAGAACGUCUGCUUGCUUUGGAAGACCAGCUGAGAAGUUUGCACAUGUCUUCACCUUACAGACCUCAGACACACGUAGGUAUGUAUGGAAGCAGAAGUGCUGAUAAUCUGUCAUGCCCUUCUCCAUUGAAUGUCAUUGAACCAGUCUCCGAACUUAUUCGAGAGCAGUCAUUUCUGAAGUCUGAACUGGGUUUAGGACUGGGAGAUCUUGGACUGGAAACUCUGCCAGCAGAGGGUACAGAGUCCGUAUUCUCCCAUGGAAACUCUGAUUCCUCUUCAGUGUGCUCUGGUCACGCAGGUAGAAAAGCUGCUGUUGGAUCCUCUGAACUAACAGGAAGGUCUAAGAGUCAAAGCAAGAAGUUGUACCGAGCCUCCGUUGCCUUAACACCAACUCCCCCCAUGAGAGCAGGUGCUGGGCAGCAGAGGGAGAGCUCUGAGGAGCUUGCAGACUCCAAGCCAGAAAUGGAGCACAAACUUGAAAAAGUCCCUCUUAUGCCGUCGGUUGAUGAAAUCCACAAAAGCGUGGAGCAGGAGGAGCUGCAGCAAGUCAUACGGGAGAUCAAGGAAUCUAUCGUUGGUGAAAUAAGACGAGAAAUAGUAAGUGGAUUGUUAGCCGCUGUAUCACCCCAAAGCAGAUCAGCAACUGCAAAACAAGAUACACAGCCAUGAAACAGGUACUACAGGU